CCUCGCGAGCUGAUAUGUUAUGCCAGCUAGCAAAACAUUAGCAGUGUUGGUUUCGGUUCGGGCUCGCAGUAAAUUCAUCCAGUCAUUAAAUAAUUCACUUUUGGCUGAAGUUGUUUUCGUUAAACCUUUAAGUGUCUCUUCCGGAGUCUGUCGGUGAGCAUUAAGCUGUGUGUGUUUGGCCAUGGGGGGAUUAGCAGUGCUGGCUCGGCGCCUCCACAGGCAGCUGCUGCGGCAGGUUCAGCUCCCCGCUGUGCAGCGCUCGGUUCCGGUCCGCAGCUGUAACCUGUCCGCCUGCUCCAGCAGGUUCGUCCUGUCUCAGAUGCACCCGAUGUGGCAGGAACCUCUGGACGUGCCCGGAGGAGAGCGCCAGUCUCCCAUCGACAUCAGCGUACGUAAAAGCGUCUUCGAUUCGAACCUGAAGCCUCUCGUUACGCAGUACGACCCCAGAACCUGCCAGCAGAUCUGGAACAACGGAUACUCCUUCCUCGUAGAGUACGACGACACGACAGAUAAGUCCACAUUGCGUGGUGGUCCUCUGGAAGAUGAGUUCCGAUUGUGUCAGUUUCAUUUCCACUGGGGUGAGAACAACUCCUGGGGCUCUGAACACACCGUGGACCGCCACCUCUACCCCGCUGAGCUCCACUUGGUCCACUGGAAUGCGGAUAAAUAUGCUUUGUUUGAGGAAGCCGUUAUAGAGGAGAACGGGCUGGCUGUUCUCGGGGUUUUCCUGAAGGUUGGGAAGCGACACGAGGGUCUGCAGAAGCUGGUGGACGCUCUACCUGCCGUCAGACACAAGGACAGUGUGGUGGAGUUCACUAAAUUUGACCCCUCCUGCCUCCUGCCUGAGAACAUGAGCGAGUAUUGGACGUACGCCGGAUCGCUGACCACGCCCCCUCUGACCGAGGCUGUCACUUGGAUCAUCAUGAAGCAGCCUGUUGAAGUGAGCCACGAUCAGUUGGCCGUGUUCAGGAGCCUGCUGUUCACCUCGGCGGAGGAAGAGGUCCAGAAGAGCAUGGUGAACAACUUCCGGGUCCAGCAGCCUCUAAAGGGGCGAACAGUUCGCUCGUCCUUCUUCCCGUUCCUCCUGUCGACCCCCUAAACCCUCACCAUGACCUUGUCAUGUUCUGAUGGUGUCAUUUCAGUCUUAUACUCGGUGAUACACAUCACAACAUCCGUUCAGUUUACAACCAGGAACCCGAGUCGGGUCCAAAAGUCUGAGUCCACUAAUCAUUGAAACACACAAUGAAGUACAGUCUUUAUCGAAUAAUUAAUUACUUGAAUUCCCUUCACUGAUCAAAAUUAGAAUAAAUAACACAGACGGGAUGUUCGGGACACGUUUUAUUUCAUUUAAAAUGUCAGUAAAGGACAGGACUUGUGUACUCGACUCUCCUUAAACACUUUGUGCCACUUUAUGCAGCUCCUGUUCAAAGGAUUUAAACUUUUAACAGCUUUUUUUUUCUCCCCUACAAGUGUUUUUUUUUUUUUUUUAAACUGAAAGUGUACGCAUGUUGCAGGUGAUCUCUGAUGGAUUGCAAUGUAGGAAACGUACAGCUUGCUGAUCCACUGCCAGUCAUUCGAGUUUGAGCCCUAAAGUUUCCCAUCUUUUAUUAAUCACUAUCACACUGAUGCACAAUCGUAGUUAAUUAUGCAGAGGUAAAUAACUUCUUACACUCUCGCUCCUACAUCCUAUAGAGAUCUUGCAGUCACGUGACCGGAAAGUACACAGCCGCCAUCUUGUCGGUAAAAAACACCGCUGAAUACUGCUGCACUCGUGUACAGAAUGGAUCAAUUUCAACCGACGGACUACACGGCUCAUUUUUCUAAUGAACAGAUAACUAGAUACAUGUCUAAAAUGAACGAUCUACAGAUUAGUGACCCUUAUGGCUUACCGGACGGAGUUUUCACGACCGUGUCAGUGGAUGUUGAACUGCCAGCGGAAUACCCAGACGUGUAUAAUUACCUCAUUAACUUUCCCUCGCUGUUCAGUGGUGAAGCACUGCAUGCUUAUAAAUCUCUGGACAGUUAUCUUUACAGAAAUUCAGGAUUUGUCAGCGACUCAGAUGUGGCAUCUUGUAAACAAGAAAAUAAUCCUCAUUGGACGGGUAAGUCACUUAAGUAUUGAGUACUGCACUGACCAGCCGAUUAUAGAAUAGAAUAAGGUAAUUCCAGCUGUAAUUCCAAAUCAUCCGUCUUGUUUACCAUGGAUCUGGCGUUGGAGAGGUAGAGGCUUAGCAGUGGAGAUUUGAGUGGCUGUUUUCUGAGCUUAAUCAACAGGCCGGCUCUGCCUGCAGCCUCGCUUUUGCUUCCGCUCCCGGCGCCGCCUCCUUCUCUUUGCUUCCGAUAACAAUCCACGGAGACCCUGCUGGUCUCGCUAUCUCGUCCGGAAUGUUGUGCAUGCGAUGGAAAUCGCUACAAACCGUCAUUUUCUGCUGGAAACCAAUGUCCAGUAAGUCCAUACGGUUGUAGUGGAUAUUGAAGUCCGGUACAGACGAACAACACGCAAAAAUACACACACAAAACAUAAACGUGCACAGGUAGGGACAGCUUGUAGCCGCAGCCGUUGUAGUAGAAUUGUAUAUAGUAGGGUUUUCCAGAAGAAAAGGUAGAAGUAGAACCAGAAUGAAGUAGAAGGCGGAAAUAUGGCGUUUGACCGACAAGAUGGCGUCUGUCACAAUCUGGAUCGGCUGUGACGUCACAUGCAAGUGCUCCAUUGCAGCUCUAAAUGAGGAUUUUAUUUUAUUUCAUUUGAAUGGAAGGUGCCCAUGAUGGAUAAAGCUGUUAAGCUUGUAGAUUAUAAAAAAAAAAAAACUUCUUUAAGGUGCAGUGUUAGUUUUAACUGCAGAUGUACCAUCGUUUAAGGUUCAGCGCUCGCAUUUACAAAGAAAAUGACAAGGUUUUCUGUUUUUUCAGCUGAAACAGUGGUGAAACUGAACACGCGCACACACAAUUCACCCAUUAGGAAAAAAACAAGUCGCUGUAUUUUGAUCGAUGAAUUCACAAUUCCAAAAAAAAAAAAAAGACGUCCACAUUGAGGCCAUUUAAAACUUCGACUGGACUGGCAGCAUGUGUGUUACAAGUUUGUUCGGGAUUUUUUUUUUUUUAAGCAGGCCACAGAAAGCGUGCCUUUAAUGUACAGUAGCUCUACAUAAAUAUUACAAUAUUUGGGGACUCUUAAAGCAACUGGAAAAAUAUUUGUGUGAAUUUAACUUCCUGCCUUGUUGAUCUAUUACAGUCGACAUUAACGUAUAAUUAGCGCACCAGGUAAGCUUUAGGCUUUGAGAAGCUUUAAUUUAAAGUAGACACUGACUGCGUAAUCCUUUAAUUAAUCCUGAAAAGAUUUCAUAAGACACCAUCAAACUUCUUUGAUUUUCUCCAUUCCUGUGCAGUGACGCGGUGCUUCUGAUGUUCCUGCCAACGCGCGUCCUUUUUCUGAGAUCCGUUUAUCUCGUCAGGAGUCGUGCAGAUUUAUUUCCAGUCUCUGUAGCCGUCCCUGCUCAGAGUUCGUCUUCAUACAGAAGAGAAACGGUACAGUUCCAGUGAUCUCCUCGUGUGGUGUUCGUUUCUCGUACGGGUUUAAUAACUGACCCUGUACUUGAUGUUUCCUGCCUGAGAAAACGCAAUUUAAACCUUAAACUGCAAAACCUCCUUUAAUCGUGUACUGUCAACAAGUGAGAUUUGUUUGUUUUAUCUUUCUGAUCUGAUCGUAAUUAAUUUUGCAAAUUAUGAAAGGAGAUAAGCUCGCAUAAAUCUGAGUAUAAAACAAUUUAACUAAGUACAAGUGUUCAUUUUUUAAUUAUUAUUAGAAUACAUGACUUUUGUUCUUUUGUUAGUUUUGCUAUAUAUAUUUACACUUAUCUUUCACUUUAACAUAUAUAACAUGACAAAAAACAUGGGUGAGGGUAGUAUAUUUGUGCUUGACAUAUUUUAUUUUUUUUAAACAAUCCGUUUUCUUUUACUUCCUGUAAAAUUUAAGGUAUUAAACAACAUCCGGGUGCGUAACACUGAGCUACAAAUGUCACAGAAGCAUCUGUAACAUUCCUCAAAUGCAAACGUAUUAAGAGAAUGCAUAAUAGAAUAGCCUACAUAUAAUACUUUUUAGAGUCUUUAUGAUAGUAUUUACGUGCUACUCCAGAAUUUACAGUAGUUCGUUUUUUGCGUGUGAUAAAUUAAAGUUGAAAUGACAUUGCAGGGCCCGUAGGCAUGCCCAUGCUGUUUUCUCUAGACAAAUGGAAUCCAUCAUCUCAAAUCCACUUAUCCAGAAAAUAUGCUAACGGCAUUCCAGCCUGUGUCUUCGUUACUGAUUUACUCUUGGUGUUUUGGGGACUUUUCCUGCUUCCUGUGUGUUUAUAUGAAAAGUACAUGCUGUAUAUCUAUAGUUUAAGAGAUUUAUCUGUACGUUAUGGUGACAUGAUGGAGUUUUAACACUUAUGCGCAUUGAAAAGAUGCGUGCACACACAGAUUUUAUUCCGUAUGCAGCAGACUUUGGAAAACCUCAGUGCCUUUAGCAUUACACUCCUACGCUCUUUCGUUGUCCCACUGCCAAAAAUCAGUCUUUUAUUCCCAUUCAAGUUUGAAGGGCAGAUCAGUGAGAGAGGUGCUGUAUUUGUGAUUUUUUGUAUUAUUAUUAUUAUUAUUAUUAUAGGCCACUAGAGGGCGCCGGAGCUCCAGGAGAGUGAUGCAGGUCCUGUAGAUUCACAUUCCAGCACUGAUCAUCAUCUGCUUUUACAAUCUCAUCUCAUCUCAUUAUCUGUAGCCGCUUUAU